AAAAGAAAGUGAAGAUUAAGCAGCACACAGCCCUUUGUGCCUCCCUGCGCUGGUGGAAACUGAUACCCCGUGGUUGGCCCACCUAGUGCCAGCCAAGUCACCAAUUACAAAACACCAGGAAAGAGAAACUUCUGAGAAGCCAAAAACCUGCCCUCGGCGGGGAGGGCCCCUGAGCACUGUCCCCGCAUCAGACUCACCCACUCGGUCUCGGCAUCAGGAGCCCACUUCCCCGCUCUGCGUCAGCCGGGACAAGCUGCUCCUUUCAGAGCCAGAGAUGGUCAAGGAGAACACGGUGGAGAACACGGUGGACAUCCUGGGGCCCCCCCAGAGCUCGGCUCCCGUGACCACCACCGUGAUCGACAUCCGUGGUGAGACAGCCGUGCCCGACCACAUCGUCUGGUCCCUGUUCAACACCAUCUUCUUGAACUGGUGCUGCCUGGGCUUCAUGGCCUUUGCCUACUCUGUGAAGUCCAGGGACCGGAAGAUGGUGGGUGAUGUGAUUGGGGCCCAGACUUAUGCCUCCACCGCCAAGUGCCUGAACAUCUGUGCCCUGGUCCUGGGCCUCCUGCUGACCACUGUGUGUGUUGUUCUUCUGGUGAUCGCCUAUACUACAGCCUACAGCAUGAUUUUAAAGGUUAUGAAGGAGAGUGGGGGCUACCAUUAGGAGCUCAUGGCCAAGGACCCCAUCAUCCACCACACGCUGCUGGCCCUGCUCUGGGGCCUCUGGCCCUGCCCCUUAGUGCCCAGCCCUUUGCACUGUGUUUGCAGACCCGCCUGGCUACAGCUGAGUUCAAUAAAGU